AUGCUGCCCCUGCUCGCCGCGCUGCUGGCCGCCGCCUGCCCGCUGCCGCCGGCGCACGGCGGGGCCCCGGGCGCUCCCGGCCUCCCCGGGGCGCCCCCCAACGCCUCGGCCAACGCGUCGUCCGCCGGCGAGCCCGCCGCCCCGCGCCCGCUGGUCACGGCUGCCCCCGAGCGCGCGGGCCCGGAGGAUGCGCCGGCGGCGCCCUGUAACAUCAGCGUGCAACGGCAGAUGCUGAGCUCGCUGCUCGUGCGCUGGGGCCGCCCGCGGGGCUUGCAGUGCGACCUGCUGCUCUUCUCCACCAACGCGCACGGCCGCGCCUUCUUCGCCGCCGCCUUCCACCGCGUCGGGCCGCCGCUGCUCAUCGAGCACCUGGGGCUGGCGGCCGGCGGCGCGCAGCAGGACCUGCGCCUGUGCGUGGGCUGCGGCUGGGUGCGCGGCCGCCUGCGGGCUCCCGCCGGGGCUCCCACCGCGCUGCCUGCCUACCCGGCGGCCGAGCCCGGGCCGCUGUGGCUGCAGGGCGAGCCUCGUCACUUCUGCUGCCUGGACUUCAGCCUGGAGGAGCUGCAGGGCGAGCCGGGCUGGCGGCUGAACCGCAAGCCCAUCGAGUCCACGCUGGUGGCCUGCUUCAUGACCCUGGUCAUCGUCGUGUGGAGCGUGGCCGCCCUCAUCUGGCCGGUGCCCAUCAUCGCCGGCUUUCUGCCCAACGGCAUGGAGCAGCGCCGGACCCCCGCCGCCGCGCCCGCCGCCGUGCCCGCGGGGACCACCGCCGCCGCCGCCGCUGCCGCCGCUGCAGCAGCCGCCGCCGCCGCCGUCACCUCGGGGGUGGCCCCCAAGUGACCCCCGCCACCCCGCGCCUGAGGCCGGAGGAGAUGGGACGCGGCCGGUGCGCUUAGUGCAGUCCUUAACGUGCGUUCCCUCCCGGGGACCGGGCCGCAGAGGUGCCAAAGCGAGGUCUGUGCUGGGCUUCUGGUUCGGAAAGGCAAACAAGCGCAGGCCACCAGACUGCAGGGACAGAAGGAGGGAAACGGGCCCUUUCCCCUCGAUUACCCCUCCCCGCGCCCACGUGCUCUUUAUUCAUGGCAGAAAGUGACCAGAUCCUGUGUAUUUGUUUUAUAUAUUUAAUAACUUUUAAAUGAAAGUUUUAGUAAAAAAAAAAAAUACAAAACAAAAAGAUUCAAUUGCUAUCGCCCUAGUACGAGAAGCUCUUUGUAUCUGAACAUAACUUGUACUUGAAGCUUGUUGUUGUUUUUAUUUUUAUUUAAAAAAUGAUGGGGUGGGGGGGCAUGGGAAGGAUUUGGCAUCGAUUUAUUGUUACCGCUGAAAUGAACUUUCUGAACCUUUUCCAAGUUGAUCUACUCAGUGGCGUGGGCUGGUGGACGCUUCUUGUACUUCUGUGGUUUUCUGGCUUUUAAUACAGACAUUUUCCUCCA